AUGGGAGAUUCCGCUUCUUCAUCCCGCGUCUCUGUUCACCAAUCUCUUGGUGGUGGUUUAGUUGCGGAUUUGGUGCUAUGGAGAAACCGGAGUGGUGCAAUGAUAUUGCUAGUCUCAUCAACUGGGUUUUGGUUCCUGUUCGAGAGAGCUGGAUACAAUCUCUUGUCGUUCGUCUCCAAUGUUGUGCUUCUUCUUGUUGCCAUCCUCUUCUUAUGGGCCAAGUCUGCUACUGUACUCAACCGACCUCUACCACCAGUUCCGAAUAUGGAAAUCCCUGAGGAGUUUGCGGUGAAGGCUGCUGAUGAUCUUCGGGUUUGGAUCAACCAUGUACUCUCAAUUGCAAGUGAUAUCACCAUUGCUAGAAACCCCAUUCGUCUCCUUCAGGUAUCAUUAGUCUUGUGGGCUGUAUCCUAUGUGGGGACUUUAAUCAACUCACUCACUCUUGUCUACAUUGGGAUUCUUCUGAGUCUCUCUGUUCCUAUCGUCUACGAGGAGUUCCAAGAACACAUUGAUGAUAAACUGAACUCAACCUCUAAACUCAUCCGAAGUAUCUCAAGGAAGAUUCCCAUCCCCGUAAGCAAAGAGAAGAAAUAUCAGUAG